AUGUCGGAAGAACCUGCAGCCCCACGAGAACAGAUCAUAGUGGAUCUUGAACCGGGUUCAGAAUGGAGGUUCGAGUUGGAAGCGGAUGAGAAUAUAGCUUUGAGGGUUCUCUCCCCCGACCCAGUAUUCAUUAACUCUGAAGAGCUUCCCCCAGCGACAUGGUAUCCUAUACAUCGAUAUACCAAAGGAGCGUUAUACGCCCCAACUCAAUCGAGAGUAGAAGUAACAUCCCUUCCCGCUUCCCAAUAUACUUCCACUUCCACCAUUCACCCUCAACUGCUCAACGUCCACCUCGCACUUGAGCGAAAUCGUAUACUAGCCAAGCGACAUUUAUUCGGCUCGGGAUCGCCAAACGGUGUGGAAAGGGUUGAGAGAGGACCUAGGGUGAUGAUCAUGGGACCACCCAGUUCGGGAAAGACCACAGUGGUGAAGAAUCUGGUGAAUCUCGCGCUGAGUAGUGGGAUGGGUUGGACAGUGGGAGUAGGUGGAUUGGAUCCAUCAAGUCCAUCGAACCUCAUACCUGGAACGAUAUCUCUUUCGACACCUUCCCAUCCUCUGCCAACUCAUCACCUAGCUCACCCAUUCGGCUCUCCACCUACUUCCACUGCAUCGAAUACCCUUUCAGCGGAUAUACCUACAGUGGGAUGGUGGUUGGGUGGAUUGGAGCCGACGAAUAGGAAUGCGGAGGUGUGGAAGGUGUUGAUUGGGAGGAUGGGCGAGGAUUGGAAGAAACGAUGUGAGAGGGAUAAAAUGGCCUUGGCCUCAGGUCUAAUCGUCGAUUCGUCAAGUGCAUUCACAAAUCCCUUAUUAGGUACCAAAAAAGAUGAUCCCAAGGCUCGAUACACCCUCGUAUCUCAAGCUGUGGAAGCGUUCGAUAUCGAUACGAUCUUAGUAAUUGGACAUGAGAAAUUACAUAUCGACUUAUCGAGAUUACCCUCCCUCCAGCAGAGGGGUACCAACGUCAUUCGAAUACCUAAAUCUGGAGGAGUGGUUGAUAUAGAUGAUACACAGAGAGAAUUGAUACAUUCGUUCCAGAUCAGAAGUUAUUUCUAUGGUGAACCGCCUUUACCCAAGGAGUUGACGGGUCUGUUGGGGAAGAUGGUCAGUGUCGAUGGGAAUUUGAAUCCGUAUAGUUUUCAAAUUGGUUGGGAGACUUUGGUAGUGCUACGAGUUGGUGAAGAGAACUCUGCUCCCUCGUCUGCCCUUCCUUUAGGAUCCUCCCGUAUCCUCUCACCAACGCGUCUCACUCGAGUCGAUCCAUCCGGUCCAGCACACGUCGUAAGAUUACUUAACACCGUAUUGGCUAUAGUAGAUAUAAAACCUGAAGAUAGGAUCAAACCUGAGAUGCCACCAAAAGUGGAAGAGGUAAAAGCCGAAAAUGGAGAAGGUGAAGAAGUGAAAGAGGAACAACAAGAGGAAGAAGAGGAUAUGGAAGAAGUACCGUUCAAAGAGGAGAUUGGAACUAGGGAAGUAUUGGGCUUCAUAGUCAUCACUGCUAUCGACACGCUUAAAAAGAAAUAUACAGUGUUAUCACCAAGUCCAGGUAAAUUACCUUCGACGGUUGCUAUUGCAGGAUCGAUCGAAUGGGUUGAUUCGGCUUAG